CGCUUUUCGCCGCGAGUUGUGCUGUUCCGCGCGCGCGACAGCUCGGCAUCACUGCGGUGUCUCGUGGCGUCUGCAGAGGCUCGAGCGACGGCUGCUGCUGGCUACGUGUAGAGUUUGUGGGAGGGAUUGGAACAGGAGCAGAAAAGUAGAAUCUAGUGAAGAUGAAAGUGGACAGAAGCAAAUUAAAGAAGACCCCUACAGAAGCACCUGCUGACUGCAGGACACUCAUAGAGAAGUUGAAAGGAUGCAGCGAUGAGCAGCUGCUGCACGAGCUGCAGCAGAUCAAAACCUGGAACAUUGGCAAGUGUGAAUUGUACCACUGGGUGGAUCUUCUGGAUCGAUUUGACGGAAUCCUCUGCAAUGCUGGCCAGACAGUGGAGAACAUGUCAUGGUUGCUGGUGUGCGAUCGGCCUGACAACAGCCAGCUGAAGGCUCUGUUACUCGGCGUGCUCAACUUCACAGCCCUGUUGAUUGAGUACAGCUUCUCCAGGCACCUCUACAGCUCCAUUGAGCAUUUAACAACUCUGUUGGCCUCCUGUGAUAUGCAAGUGGUUCUUGCCGUACUGAACCUGCUCUAUGUCUUCAGCAAGAGGUCCAAUUACAUCACAAGACUGGGUUCUGACAAGAGGACCCCUUUGUUGGCACGCCUGCAGCACUUAGCUGAGAGCUGGGGAGGUAAAGAAAAUGGUUUUGGUCUGGCAGGGUGUUGCCAGGAUCUGCCGAUGAGUCAGUACCCACCUAGUGCAACUACGCUGCAUUUUGAGUUCUAUGCAGAGCCUGGAACUGAGGUCAAAGUGGACAGAAAGAUCAGCAGUAACACUCUACACUACAUUCACAUUGAACAGCUAGAUAAGAUCCUGGAGAGUCCGUCAGAAAUCAUGGAGUCAUUGACCAUCAUGUACAGCAUCCCUAAGGACAAGCAGAUGCUGCUGUUCACGCACAUUCGCCUUGCGCAUGGCUUCUCCAAUCACAAAAAGAGACUGCAGGCAGUGCAAGCCAGGCUGCAUGCCAUCUCCAUACUGGUGUACUCCAAUGCACUCCAGGAGUCGGCAAACGGCAUCCUGUACAAUGGCCUUAUAGAGGAGCUGGUGGAUGUCCUGCAAAUCACAGACCGACAGCUGGUGGACAUCAAGGCAGCCUCUCUUCGCACUUUGACCUCCAUAGUGCAUUUGGAACGGACACCCAAGCUCUCGAACAUCAUCGACUGCACCGGCACAGCCUCCUACCACGGCUUCCUACCUGUUCUGGUGCGAAGCUGCAUACAGGCCAUGAUUGACCCAGUGAUGGAGCCUUACCCUCACCAGUUUGCGACAGCUCUCUUCUCCUUCCUGUAUCAUCUGGCAAGCUAUGAUGCUGGUGGUGAGGCCCUGGUAUCCUGUGGCAUGAUGGAGGCUUUGCUCAAGGUGAUUAAGUUCCUGGGAGACGAGCAGGAUCAGAUCACCUUCGUGACUCGGGCAGUCAGAGUUGUUGAUCUCAUCACCAACCUAGAUAUGGCUGCCUUCCAGUCGCAUAGUGGACUCUCCAUAUUCAUUUGUAGGCUGGAGCAUGAAGUGGAUUUGUGCCGGAAGGAAUGUCCCUUUGUCAUCAAGCCAAAGAUCCAGAGGCCCAGUACAACAGCAGACACUGAAGACAUGGACACAGACAUGGACGUGUCUGAUGUUGCCAUGGAGAGCAGUCCGGGCCCUUCUUCCUUGUCUGAGUCUCGAGCAGGAGCAGAAAGCCAAGGACAGAACAGCACUGUCUUUACACCUAGAACAGGUGUACAGUGUAUUCCCCAGAGGGCAGCUCUGCUGAAAUCCAUGCUGAACUUCCUGAAGAAAGCCAUCCAGGACCCAGCUUUCUCUGAUGGCAUCCGCCACGUUAUGGAUGGGUCCUUACCUGCUUCACUGAAACACAUCAUCAGCAAUGCAGAAUAUUAUGGCCCAUCGCUCUUUCUCCUUGCAACUGAGGUCGUGACAGUGUUUGUGUUCCAAGAGCCUUCCCUGCUCUCGUCUUUGCAGGACAAUGGGCUGACUGAUGUCAUGCUGCAUGCCCUACUCAUCAAAGAUUCUCUCUCUCUGCAGGUCCCUGCCACCCGGGAGGUGCUAGGCUCUCUGCCCAAUGUCUUCAGUGCCCUGUGCCUCAAUACCCGGGGCCUUCACUCCUUUGUCCAGUGCCAGCCAUUUGAGCGCCUCUUCAAGGUGCUGCUGUCCCCUGACUACCUUCCAGCUAUGAGGCGUCGCCGCAGUUCUGACCCACUUGGAGAUACGGCUUCAAACCUAGGUAGUGCAGUAGAUGAACUGAUGCGACACCAGCCAACCCUCAAGACAGAUGCCACCACAGCGAUUAUUAAGCUGCUGGAGGAGAUCUGUAACCUGGGUCGAGCCCAGGAAUACAUCUGUCAGAAACCCUCCAUUCAGAAAGCUGAUGGACCCGUGACAGUACCACCAGUUCGGGCCAGCCAUGCUGCAGAGGAGGCUUCCAGUGAGGAUGAGGAAGAGGAGGAGGCUCUGCAUUCCUUCACACCCCAGCAGGGAGAGGCAGAGAGCAAUAGACAAGUUGUUGGCACAGAGGAGAGAAUACCCAUACCCCUCAUGGACUACAUUCUAAAUGUAAUGAAGUUUGUUGAGUCCAUCCUCAGUAACAAUACCACCGAUGACCACUGUCAGGAGUUUGUGAAUCAGAAAGGCCUUUUGCCCCUCGUGUCUAUCCUGGGGCUCCCCAACCUGCCUAUUGAUUUCCCCACCUCUGCUGCCUGCCAGGCUGUGGCUGGGGUCUGCAAGUCCAUACUGACACUUUCCCAUGAGCCCAAGGUACUGCAGGAGGGCCUGUGUCAGCUGGACUUGAUCCUGACAACCUUGGAACCCCUGCAUCGGCCUAUUGAGUCACCUGGAGGCUCUGUGCUGCUGCGUGAGCUUGCCACAGCUGGCCACGUAACUGAUGCCACGCUGUCAGCCCAUGCAACGCCACUGCUCCAUGCGCUAACAGCAGCACACGCCUACAUCAUGAUGUUUGUCCACACCUGCCGUGUUGGACAGAGCGAGAUCAGGGCGAUCUCUGUCAACCAGUGGGGGUCCCAGUUGGGCUUGAGUGUGCUCAACAAGCUAAGCCAGCUGUACUGCUCGCUGGUCUGGGAGAGCACCGUGCUGCUGUCGCUCUGCACACCCAAUAGCCUGCCCCCAGGUUGUGAGUUUGGCCAGGUUGACAUGCAAAAGCUGGUGCCCAAAGAAGAGAGACCAUCAGGCAGUGCUGCAGCCAUGCCUCCUCCAGGAGUAAGGAGGACAGCGGAUACAGACAGUGAAGCUGUCACGGUGGGUGUGGACUCCUCCACUCAAGGUCUGCUGGAAGGUAUGGGGCUAGAUGGGGAUGCACUGGCACCAAUGGAGACAGAUGAACCUGCUGUGGCAGAUCCCAAGGCUAAGUCUAAGCUCACACCUGCCAUGGCUGCUCGCAUCAAGCAAAUCAAACCUCUGCUUUCAGCCUCAUCCCGCCUAGGUCGUGCACUAGCAGAGCUCUUUGGCCUGCUUGUGAAGCUGUGUGUUGGCUCCCCAGUGCGCCAGCGGCGCUCUCACCAUGCAGCCAGUGCCAACACUGCACCCACUCCAGCUGCUCGGGCCACUGCCUCAUCCCUCACCAAGCUGCUCACCAAAGGUCUCAGCUGGCUGCCACCCCCCUAUACACCUACACCUCGCUUCAGACUGACAUUCUUCAUCUGCUCUGUGGGCUUCACCUCCCCCAUGCUGUUUGAUGAGAGGAAGUACCCAUACCACCUCAUGCUGCAGAAGUUCUUCUGCUCAGGUGGACAUGAUGCCCUGUUCGAGACCUUUAACUGGGCUCUGUCCAUGGGGGGCAAGGUGCCCGUGUCAGAGGGCCUGGAGCACCCUGAGCUACCGGAUGGCACCGGCGAGUUUCUGGAUGCUUGGUUGAUGCUGGUGGAGAAGAUGGUGAACCCCAGCACUGUGCUGGACUCACCCCACGCUCUCCCUGCCAAGCUGCCUGGCGCAGGCUCCUGUACCCCCCAGUUCAGCGCCCUUCGCUUCCUCAUCGUCACACAGAAGGCAGCAUUCAGCUGCAUUCGUAACCUGUGGAACCGGAAGCCCCUGAAGGUAUAUGGUGGCCGCAUGGCCGAGUCCAUGUUGGCCAUCUUGUGCCACAUCCUGAGAGGAGAACCCACAAUCCGUGAGAGGCUGGCCAAGGAGCAGGAUGGAGGUAUUCGGCCCGAAGAAGAUGCUGGAACAGUUGUGUCAAGUGGGGCUGCUGGAGCAAGUACAGCCACUGGAUCGGGAGGGGUCACCCCAACAGUGGCUACAGGAGGUGGCACUGGAGGAGGGGCAGCUGAGGAGGGGAGUGGGUCUGCUGCUCGGAGGGAGCCCCAGGUCAACCAACAGCAGCUCACUCAGUUGAUGGACAUGGGCUUCUCCAGGGAGCAUGCUAUGGAGGCUCUGCUCAACACCAGCACCAUGGAACAAGCCACUGAGUACCUCUUAACCCACCCUCCACCCCUACUAAGUGGUGUGGUCAGAGACCUCAGCAUGUCUGAAGAGGACCAGAUGAUGAGAGCCAUUGCCAUGUCUCUAGGGCAGGAAGUCAGCAUGGAACACCGCUCUGAUUCACCUGAGGAGGCAGCACAGCGACGAGAGGAAGAGGAACGGCGGGCAUGGGAGCGUUCAGAGGAGGAAGAGGCACGCUGUCUGGAGCGCUUUCUGUCAGUAGAGCCACUGGAUUGCACAGAACUGCAAGCCUUUACGGACACCAUGCUGCCUGGUUGCUUCCACCUGCUAGACGAGCUGCCAGACACAGUGUACCGUGUCUGUGACCUGCUUAUGACUGCUAUUAAGAGGAGUGGCCCCGAGUUCCGAGACCUCCACCUCAAACAGGUGGUCAACCAGGUCUGGGAGGCAGCAGAUGUGCUGAUCAAAGCAGCAUUUCCCCUAACCACCAGUGACACCAGGACUGUUUCAGAGUGGACCAGUCAAAUGGCCACUUUACCUCAGGCCUCCAAUCUGGCUACACGCAUCUUGUUGCUUACACUGCUUUUCGAGGAGCUGAAGUUGUCAUGUGCCAGAGUGGUAGAGAGCAGUGGGGUUCUCAAUGUUCUGGUGAAGCUUCUGGAGGUGGUGCAGCCCUGCCUGCAGGCAGCCAAGGAGCAGAAAGAUGUCCAGACACCAAAAUGGAUCACCCCAGUGCUGUUACUUAUUGACCUCUAUGAGAAGACUGCAAUCUCUUCCAAACGCAGGUCUCAGAUGAGCAAGUAUUUACAACCCAGUGGUAACAACUGGCGCUGGUUUGACGACCGCUCAGGCCGCUGGUGCAGCUAUAGUGCCAGUAACAACAGUACCAUCGACUCUGCCUGGAGAGCAGGCGAAAGCAGUGUGCGCUUUACGGCUGGCCGCCGCAGAUACACUGUGCAGUUCAACACCAUGGUGCAGGUGAAUGAGGAGACUGGAAACCGACGGCCUGUGAUGUUGAGUGUGCAGAGAACUCCACGAACCCCCAAGCCUUCCAAAAAUGGUAGUGUCAGCGAGUUGGAGGGAGACCGGGAGCAGGGUGGGAAGCCAGAGGACACACAGCCAGACUCAGAGCUGAUCCCUGUAACGGUGGAAAUGGCCUCCCCCAAAGAUGGGGGCUCAGAGCCAAGUGAUCUCUCCUCCACCACCUCUGCGCUGCUUCAUACCAACCAUGAUGCAGAGUCAACCCAAGCAGCCUGCGUUGUGAUCCAGGGCCUCUCAGAGGAGAUGACAACAGUGCUGAUCCGUGCCUGCGUCAGCAUGAUCAGUGUGCCAGUGGACCCAGACACGCUGCAUGCCACACUGCGACUCUGCCUGCGGCUGACACGUGUGCACCACUACGCCAUGAUGUUUGCUGAGCUCAAGAGCACCCGCAUGAUCCUGGGGCUCAAACAGAGCUCCGGAUUUAACGGAUUCACCCCACUGGUCACACUGCUGUUCCGCCACAUUAUUGAAGACCCUGUCACACUCCGCCACACCAUGGAAAAGGUUGUGCGUUCAGCAGUGACAAGCGGAGCAGGUAGCACCACUUCAGGCGUAGUAUCGGGCAGCCUUGGGUCACGGGAGAUCAACUACAUCCUGCGUGUUCUGGGUCCUGCUGCCUGCCGCAGCCCUGAGUGCUUCACUGAAACUGCCAGUAGCUGCAUGCGCAUCGCCCUGCCGGCACCCAGGGGUACAGGGACUGCCUCAGAUGACGAGUUUGAGAAUCUGCGCAUCAAGGGGCCCAAUGCAGUGCAGCUGGUGAAGACCACCCCUCUUAAGCUCUCCCCUUUGCCUCCCAUCCCUGAUCCCAUCAAAGAGGUCAUUUACGAUAUGCUUAAUGCUCUGGCUGCCUACCAUGCCCCUGAGGAGGUGGAGCGAGGGGAGAACCGAUCAGUGCCAGUGUCAGGCAGCCAGGACCUGUGUCAGAUCUUGCAAGAUGUGGGUGAUGACGUGUACCAGCAGUACAACCAGCAGUAUCCACUGACACGACAGAGCAGCGACUUUGACUCACAGACAGCCUUCAGCAUUAAUACUCAGGUGUUUGCAUCAGAUGGGAGUGCAGCAGAGUCAUCCCACUCUGGCACACCCCAGGGAGAGGCUUCUACCCCGGAAGAGACACGAGAAGGGAAGAAAGAUCGAGAUGAUGAACGAGGGACUACAUCAGAUGAUGGGCGGGGUAUGAAGGGCAAGGCCAGCAAGCCCCUGAUGCCCACAUCCACCAUUUUGAGACUUCUGGCAGAGCUUGUGCGCUCUUACGUGGGCAUCGCCGCACUCAUCACCUCCUACAGCUAUACUGCAGGCCAGUCGGAGCUCAUAAAGGAGGACUGCAGUGUGUUGGCCUUCGUUCUAGACCACCUGCUGCCUCAUACUCAGAGCUCAGAGGAUAAAGACACACCUGCCCUGGCACGUCUCUUCCUAGCUAGCCUGGCUGCUGCUGGCACGGGCACUGAUGCGCAAGUAGCUCUCGUCAGCGAGGUGAAGGCAGCACUGAGCCGGGCGCUUGCCAUGGCCGAGAGCACUGAGAAGCACGCUCGGCUCCAGGCAGUCAUGUGCAUCAUCAGCACAAUCAUGGAGUCUUGUCCCUCCACCUCCAGCUUCUAUAGCACGGCCACUGCCAAGGCACAACACAACGGUGUCAACAACAUCAUCCGUCUCUUCCUCAAAAAGGGUCUGGUAAAUGACUUGGCUCGUGUACCCCACAGUCUCGACCUCUCCAGUCCCAACAUGGCAAACACAGUCAAUGCAGCACUGAAGCCCUUGGAAACGCUAUCUCGCAUAGUGAACCAACCCAGCAGCCUCUUUGGUGGUAAGGGUAGCUCCAGUAAGAACAAAACAGAACAGGACACUGCAGGCACUUCCCGGGACACCACCAGCAACACCCAGGACCAAGGGGAGGCAGGAGAGGCAGAGCCAGCUGAGGACAGUGCCCCUCCCCAAGGGCCAGACAAUGACUUGAUGGAUGGGGAACCGGAAGGAGACACAGUGGUUAUUGCUGGACAAUCGGAGGUCCUCAACACACAAGAAAUGCAGGUGGAGAAUGAACUGGUGGACUUGAUUGAUGAAUUGCUGGAGAGAGAUGCUGGGACUGUCAACAGCACCAUCAUUGUGGGGCGCAACAGGGAGGACGAGUCACAAGAUGUGCUAAUGGAUGAGGCUCCUUCCAACUUGAGUCAGGUGUCAACACUCCAAGCCAACCGAGAAGACUCUAUGAACAUCCUAGAGCCAGAGGAUGAAGAGCACACACAAGAAGAAGAUUCCAGUGGGAGCAAUGAGGAUGAGGACAGUCAAGAUGAAGAAGAAGAGGAGGAGGAAGAGGAGGAGGAGGAAGAUGACCAGGAUGAUGAAGAGGGUGAUGAUGACGAUGACGAUGAAGGUUCAGAAAUGGAGCUAGAUGAAGAUUAUCCCGAUAUUAAUGCUGCUCCUCACAUUCGCUUUGAGAGGUUUGAUCGGGAUGAUGACCUCAUCAUAGAGUUCGACAACAUGUUCUCCACCUCUGCUGACAUUCCUCCUUCUCCAGGCAACAUCCCCAGCUCCCAUCCUCUGAUGGUGCGACAUGCUGACCAUAGCUCUCUAACCAUGGGUGGUGCAGGGGCAGGCGGGCGCCUGGCACAGGGCAUUGGCAGGAGCCAGCGCACGCUCCGCCAACUUACAGCCAACACUGGCCACACUAUUCAUGUCCACUACCCUGGAAACCGACAGCCCAACCCUCCCCUCAUCCUACAGAGGUUGUUAGGUCCCAGCGCAGCAGCAGACAUUCUACAGCUCUCCAGUUCCCUGCCCCUGCAAUCUCGCGGCCGUGCACGGCUGCUGGUUGGCAAUGAAGAUGUGCACAUUAUUGCCCGCUCCGAUGAUGAGCUACUGGAUGACUUCUUCCAUGAGCAGAGCAGCACUGGAGGACAGGCUGGCACACUCUCCAGUAUUCCUACAGCCUUAACAAGAUGGACAGAUGAGUGUAAAGUGCUGGAUGCUGAGAGCAUGCAUGACUGUGUUGCUGGGGUCAAAGUGCCCAUCCUUCAACACCUGGAAAGCCUGCGGGAUGAGGAGUUAGAAGAACGCAGAGAGAAGCGGAGGAGGCAGCUUGCUGAGGAGGAUGCGGCCAAGCAGAGUGACAAGAACACGUUAGGGGUGGAGGAGGCCCAUGAUCAUAGUGUUGAGGGUUCAGGAGUGACAACAGUCAGUGGUGUAGGACUAGCCUCAGCUGAAGGCGAACAAGCCCAGGGUGAGGUGUCUUCAUGUCUUGAUCCACCUCAUGUGGCAGAAGGAUACCUCACUGCUCCUUCCUCAGGAGAAGCCACAUCCACCACCCCUGCAGUGCCUCAUGAGUCAACCUUUGUCACUUUGGAGACAGCUGGUCAACAGGUGGAUCAGCCGAUUGUCAACCUGCUUCCGACUGACACUCAUACUGAUUCGCUUGUGGCCUUAGCAGGGACAGGCCUCCCUGAAGUGCCUGCAUCUGAUAGGCAGAGCAAUGAAGCAGAAGGAUCACAAAUGGAAAUGUCCCCAGCACCCACCACAGCUUCCCUGAGUCCAGAACAAGUGGAGAGUUCAGAACCUCUAACAGUGGGAGUGUCACAGGUUGAGGGCUCACCUAUGGACACCAGCAGUCCUACAUUUGCUGCGCAAGACGAUUCUUCCCUAAACCCAGCCCCACACAGUCAGCCCCCGCAAGAGCUACUAGUGAACACAGACAGUGCUCAGACAGACAGGCCAGCAGAGGAAGAUACGGGCUCUGCACCUGUCUCCUCGCCGGGUGAGGGCACGCCCCCUGAUGACAGCGCUGCAAUGUCUCAGACAAGCCAAGAGGAGCCCCUCCCUUCCACCAGCAAUGAGGAGGAGGACCCCUUGGCAGGUAUUAGUCUUCCAGAGGGAGUGGACCCUUCCUUUUUGGCAGCCCUCCCUGAAGAUAUCCGUCGCGAGGUUCUCCAAAACCAGCUUGGCAUUCGCCCUCCCUCUCGCCCCCCUGCUGCCCCAUCCCUUCCCUCCACCACAGCCCCAGUGCUGGGAGGUGUUCCAGGGGUCUCAGAGGUCAGCCCUGAGUUCCUAGCUGCUCUGCCACCUGCCAUUCAGGAAGAGGUCCUGGCCCAGCAACGUGCAGAGCAACAGCGACGGGAGCUGUCUCAGCAGCCCACGCAGGGUGACCAGCCCCUAGAUCCUGUAACCUUCAUCCAAACACUGCCGUCCGAGCUGCGUCGCAGCGUGCUGGAGGAUAUGGAGGACAGUGUGUUAGCGGUCAUGCCCCCAGACAUAGCUGCUGAGGCAGCUGCGUUGCGCCGUGAGCAAGAGGCCCGCCAGCGCCAGCUGAUGCACGAGAGGCUCUUUGGUCACAGCUCAUCCUCUGCCCUCUCUGCUAUCCUGCGCUCUCCUGCCUUUACCAGCCGACUGGGGGGCAAUCGCGGUGUGCAGUAUACUCGCUUGGCUGUGCAGAGGGGUGGCGCAUUGCAGAUGGGUGGAGCUGCCAGCAUCAGCCGUCCAUCCAGCUCCAGCAUGGACUCUUUGCUGAGGCUGCGUGGACGGCUGCUGCUGGACCAUGAAGCGCUGUCCUGCCUUCUGGUGCUGCUGUUUGUGGACGAACCCAAAUUGAACACCAGCCGACUACACCGUGUGCUCCGCAAUCUCUGCUAUCAUUCACAAACACGCAGCUGGGUUAUCCGCAGUCUGCUGUCCAUCCUGCAGCGCAGCAGUGAGAGUGAAUUGUGUCUCGAGACUGCUCGAUCAGAUGACAUGCGGGGCAAGCGCACGGUAACCUCGUGCGGAGCCAAGGGUUCCUCCCUGUCGUCCUCACCUGCUCCACUCUCCUCCGCUGCCUCACUGGACUUGCUGAACCGUGUAGAAGCUCGCAGCUCUAGCCAGCUUUCAUGGCUCUCUGUCUCCAUGGAUGCAGCACUGGGAUGCCGCACAAACAUUUUCCAAAUCCAAAGGGCCACAGGUCGCAAGCACAUAGACCGGCAUUCAGCAAGUGCUGUGUCAGGGCCAGGUGGUGGGGUUUCUGGAGCUGGUGGAGGGGGUUCAUCCAGUGCUGGAGGAGUUGGCUCCACAGUGCAUAUUCAUCCACAGGCUGCUCCUGUUGUGUGUCGCCAUGUCCUAGACACCCUCAUCCAGCUGGCCAAGGUCUUCCCCAGCCAUUUCACACAACAGCGAGGUAAAGACACCUUGUCCACUUCCUCUUCAGACCUUGAUUCACGCCUAUGUGGGGGGGCAGGUGAGACAGGUGGUGGGAGUACCAAAUCCCUGCCUACCUCGCAGGCUGUAACUGCAACGGCAGUCCCUUCUGCUACCAGUAACACGUCUGGAAGUGUCGCUUCUCAUUCUUCAAUCACGCCACAGUCUCUGGGGAUCUCUACUGACUUUUGGGACUUGCUGGUCAAGUUGGAUAACAUGAAUGUGAGCCGCAAGGGCAAGGCCUCAAUGAAGACCGUCCCGCUAGGGGGUGCUGCUGAGGUGGAGGGGGCCCAUGGCAGCCUGGAAGCCUCUCCUCUGGGACAGCUGAUGAACAUGCUCUCCCAUCCAGUCAUUCGACGUAGCUCUCUGCUCACAGAGAAACUGUUACGGCUACUCUCGCUCAUCUCAAUUGCACUGCCUGACAACAAGGCUGCAGAGACUCCUCCUGGUCAGGGUGUAGUGGGAUCGGGCACAGUGUCGAGUGCACCUGUGUUAGCUGCUGCUCAUGCCGUAGCUACUGGGGCCACCACGCAGGCACUUCCCCCCACGACAUCAGCAGCUGUCUCUGCUGCUGCUGCCACAAUAACAUCCAUGGCUGGCAGACAGAAGGCAGUAGCUUGCAGCCCAGAAAACGAGAACAAAUUGGCCUCCAGUGGCUUGACAGAGAAGCAACUGCAGCUGUCAGUGGAGGUGCUAACAUCACAUUCUUGCUCAGAGGAGGGUCUGGAGGAUGCUGCAAACAUCUUGCUGCAGCUGUCUCGGGGGGAUGCAUCCACUCGGGAUACGGUGCUUCGGCUACUGCUCACUGGAGCCCGACACCUGGGCUACACACUUUGCAAGCAGAUUGGCACCCUCCUGGCAGAGCUACGAGAGUACAACUUGGAGCAGCAGAGGAGAGCCCAGGCUGAUUCCCCGGAUGCCACGCCAGAUGAUCCUUCAUAUUCUACUAAGCACAAAGGCAAGAUAACCAGCAGGUUCGACGGGGCGGAGAGUGUGGUGAUCGUGGCCACUCAAAAACGUACACUGGGUGGCAGGGAGCUGCAGCUGCCAUCUAUGAGCUCCCUGACUUCCAAAACAUCCACGCAGAAGUUUUUCCUGCGUGUGCUGCAGGUGAUAAUCCAAUUGCGCGAGGACACAAGACGCGCCAACAAGAAGGCCAAGCAGACUCGUCGUCUAGGCACCUCGAGCCUGGGCUCGGCAAACAGCAUCCAAGCUGCAGUGCGUCAGUUGGAGGCUGAAGCGGACGCCAUAAUCCAGAUGGUGAGGGAAGGGCAGCGGGCUCGCCGGCAGCAGGCACCCCCUGCAACCACCACCUCUUCCUCCACUGCUGCUGGCACCUCUUCCAUGGCAGUGCCCCAUGCCACUGCUGUUGCCCCAGUCAGCGUUCCCCCUGCCAGCACGGCCAGCGCUGCCACGUCAGAACCUCCCUCGGUAUCAGAAGCCCCCCCAGCCCAGAGAGAUGACUCACCAAUGGAUGUAGAUCAGACCUCUCCUGUUGGCCAGGAGCCCCAGCCAUCGGAUGGGGAGAGCAAUAGCCAGUCAGAACGUGAGGAAAAGGUGCCUGAUUUACCACUCUUGAGUGAACAGCUGCUAUUGGAUGAAUUGUGGGACAUGCUUGGAGAAUGUUUAAAAGAACUUGAAGAGUCACAUGACCAACAUGCGGUACUGGUGCUCCAGCCAGCAGUGGAGGCCUUCUUUCUGGUGCAUGCCACAGAACGAGAGAGCAAACCCCAGGUGCGGGACACACGGGAAAACCAGCUGUCUCACAUCAAAGAUGAACCUCCUCCCCUGUCACCGGCACCCCUCACACCUGCCACACCAUCCUCCCUGGACCCUUUCUUUUCCCGCGAGCCCUCCUCUAUGCACAUCUCUGCCAACCUGCCUCCUGACACGCAGAAGUUCCUGCGCUUUGCUGAGACUCACCGCACUGUGUUGAACCAGAUUCUGCGCCAGUCCACCACACAUCUGGCAGAUGGACCCUUUGCUGUGCUUGUGGACUACAUCCGCAUCCUAGACUUUGACAUCAAGCGGAAGUAUUUCCGUCAGGAACUGGAACGUCUAGAUGAGGGCUUGAGGAAGGAGGACAUGGCCGUACAUGUGCGUAGGGACCAUGUGUUUGAGGACUCCUACCGAGAGCUGCAUCGCAAAAGCCCAGAAGAGAUGAAGAACAGACUCUACAUAGUGUUUGAAGGAGAGGAGGGCCAAGAUGCUGGUGGCCUGCUGCGUGAGUGGUACAUGAUCAUCUCCAGGGAGAUGUUCAACCCCAUGUAUGCCCUGUUUCGCACCUCCCCUGGGGACAGGGUCACCUACACCAUCAACCCUUCUUCUCACUGCAACCCUAACCAUCUCAGCUACUUCAAAUUUGUGGGGCGCGUGGUGGCCAAGGCCGUGUAUGACAACCGGCUGCUGGAGUGCUACUUCACACGCAGCUUCUACAAGCACAUCCUGGGGAAGAGUGUCAGGUACACAGACAUGGAAAGUGAGGACUAUCACUUCUAUCAGGGCCUCGUUUACCUGCUUGAGAAUGAUGUGUCUACACUAGGCUAUGAACUGACAUUCAGCACGGAGGUUCAGGAAUUUGGAGUUUGUGAAGUUAGAGACCUUAAACCUAAUGGAGCCAACAUCCUAGUAACAGAGGAAAACAAGAAGGAGUAUGUGCACCUGGUCUGUCAGAUGAAGAUGACUGGUGCUAUUCGGAAACAGUUGGCAGCCUUUCUCGAGGGUUUCUAUGAGAUAAUCCCAAAGAGGCUGAUAUCCAUCUUCACUGAGCAGGAGCUGGAGCUGCUCAUAUCUGGCCUACCCACAAUCGACAUUGAUGAUCUCAAAGCCAACACGGAGUACCACAAGUACCAGUCCAGCUCUAUACAGAUCCAGUGGUUCUGGCGGGCUUUACGGUCGUUUGACCAAGCAGACCGGGCCAAGUUCCUGCAGUUUGUGACAGGCACAUCGAAGGUUCCACUGCAAGGCUUUGCUGCACUGGAGGGGAUGAAUGGCAUCCAGAAGUUCCAGAUCCACCGCGAUGACCGUUCCACUGACCGGUUACCCUCUGCUCACACUUGCUUUAACCAACUAGACCUACCUGCAUAUGAGAGCUACGAGAAGUUGAGACACAUGCUGCUGUUGGCCAUUCAGGAGUGCUCAGAAGGCUUUGGUCUGGCCUAGAUACUGAUGCCACACAAGUGAAAUGUGUGCGCGCGCACAUAUACACGCGUUGGCCCUGAUGCAGUCCGUGGACACCACUAUAGAACUUUGAACUGGUGCAGACAGAUGGUCCUCCACACUGUGCAAAUAGAGUGAACCAAACACUGAUAGAGGUGGGCGUGAACAUAGCGGGAGUGCUGACGAGCGGAAACGAACUGUUUUGUUUCAUAUGAUAUGAAGAGAGCUUUGUACGUAAGCCAAACAGAGUUGUUCACACACACAUACUGACAAAAUAACUAUUCCUGUGCAAGCUUCUGUGCUUUGCUCUCCUUAACCAUUUACAAUAGGAAAUCUCAGAAGAAAUGGUCAUUAAACCCAUCAUCUUUUUGUGGUUUUUUUUUUUU